CAUGCCUUCUGAUGUUUCAGUAGGCCGCGCGAGCUGAUGCCGUGAAUGUGUUGUUGUAAGGAGGUUAUUCCUCCUUUUUUUCUCUUUUUAUAUCAUCCGGUCUGUUUCUUUUUCACACAAUAUUCUCGUGCGUGAUUCUAUCCACAAUUGUGCGACACAUUGUUACGGAUGAAUACAUGUCGAUAUAAAUGUGUAUCUUAAGCUGUUUAGAAUCUGCACGUUGCUCGUUGUAUCCAUGAACAACUGCUUCCAAAUUUAUGGCAUACGUACGACUGUGUCGGGUGAUAUUUAAUACAGUUGACACUGCGAAAUUAGAAAUUUAGGAAAGGCAUAAGUGAACGACGAUGAAGAGUAAGGACGCAAAUCGUAGAGGAAUCGAGUGCACAGGAAGGGAAUAUUACGAAAGAAACUAAUUUUAUUAUAAAAAGUGAACUCUGAAUUGAUCCGGUGGUUCGAAUAGUGACAAUUGAAAUGUGAUAGAGAGAAGGGGAGGCAACAGCACACAGUUCAGGAGAAGAAUAAUAUGCGCAUAAAAACGUCGCGAAAAUGUUCGUCAAAGAAGGCUCCUAGAGAGGAAAAGUUACAAACGAAGAAGAGAUACCUUCUGGAGAUGGUCGCCUCCUCAGUGAUGAAGACAAGAGGCAAUCGUGAAACUUGAGAGGGUAGGUGAUAUCGGGUGCAGCAAGGAUGAACUCGCGGCCGUGGGUAAGACGGAGAUGACCACUAGAUCCGUGCCUCGUCCUGAAGACGAAGACGAGGAGGACGAGGAAGAAGAGGAAGAAGAAGAGGAGGAAGAGGAGGAGGAAGUCGACAAGGAGGCUCGUUCGAGUCUACGAUAUCACUGCCACUGAUAUCCUCUCUCUCGUCGCAUCGAUGCCGACUCCUGCGUUCAUUGAUAAAGAUAUGGGGAGUGUCGUAGGCAGCAACGUGAACGUAAGCAACGUAACGACGAGGAGGAUGGACUCGACGACAUUCCUGCCGGAAGCGACGUCGACACUCAGCGAGCGGGAGCAACUCAAAAUUGAAUUUUACAAAACUUACGAUGUUAUGACCGGGAUCAGAAUCGCAGCGACUCUCGGUGGUUUUUUCGGUCUUAUGAUCCUUCUGCUUGUUUAUAAAAGCAGGUGUAAAUCGAGCAAGCAGUUAGAGGAUCCAAGACUGACCGCAGCUGCAGCCGCAGCGGUAGCUGAAGCAGAAGCCGAGGAAAGAGCCCUCGCAGCCGCCCUCGAAGCCAUUGCCAGAUUACCACCGAGACCAGAUCAGGGACCUAGAAGAUCUCUUUGCGUCGAGAUGACUCAAUCUCAUUUGCCAAGAAUUGGUCCACGUUUCGCGUCGGUUGGGGGUGGCUACGAGGCUCUAUUGACAGCGCCAACAAAGCAACCGAAUCUGGUACCUCCUGAAGAGCAAAGAAGAUGCAGUUCAGUGACGUGUAGCAGCACAGGGAGUAGUUACCUCGAGAGAAGAGGCUCUGCGAUGCCGGUGCCAUGUUUGCCGCUUCACCCUACGUUUUCGACGAAAUACGCUGCCCACGACGAACCCUGGGAUCUUUAUUAUCCUAUUGAUAUUCAGGUAAUUCAACCAACCCCAGAGCUUUCUCCAUGCACAAGCGAAGCAGGUCUUUACGCGAACGAAAUGAUGGUCACAGGAACUAGCGGCAAAAGAGCACCAUUAGCUUCCAUGGGUAGUGUCGAUCCUCCGGAACCAGACUCGAGUUUUAACAACUCGAGGUCUCUUGGUUCCGACUCGGUCUUCCUAACAAACGACGAGCAAGAAGAGUGUCUCGAUACAGAGGAUGAAGUGUCUGGGUUCUCGACCGACUCCGAAGCACCCGGGCCAAGUUGUCGACGGUUUCUUCGGGUACCCUCGAAGAAGAAGAAAACGGUCGAGAAAUGGGAUGGUUGUGCUGGAUGUGUCCCUAGACGGCGGCCUGGAGGCAAACCUUGUCAAGCUUGUCGUAGUAUUAGUGCAGCUGUUGAAACAUCUAGGUCUCAGGCAGUCUCUACAAGCACCAGUAGCCAGAGCAGCCUCGGUUCUCCACCAUGUUCUCCAGCCAUCGAGCUCAGACACAGGCCACCACCGGCACCGUUACCAUCGAAUCCACCGGUCUGGUCGCAAGAAACACUCUUUUAGUUCUUUAAAGAUUGUUUUCACAAAUGGUCAGUAAUCGCACAAAAAUAGGGAGACAAAGAAUGAAGAAAACGAAGAAAAACAGUGACUUCCGGUGGACUGACUUUUGAGAAGUUUUGGAGUUGGAAUUUCUGACACGAUCAUUCGAAUGAAAUUGAACGGAACUAGAAAAGUUAUUUAAGAAGAAACGAUCUGAAAAAAGGUGGAGAAAAGGUAAAGAAUGAAAAAGGGAAAACGGUGAAGAGUCUUGAAGUUUGGGGAAAAAGUAGAAAAUUUUGAAAAAACAUAAGGCUGUAAGAAGUAACAAAGACUUAAUGUGAAGAAUAAAUUAUAAAUAUUAAAGAAAAGAAGAUACAGACGAGUCUAAAAAAAAAAAAAAUGUAAUUAGGU